AUGUUAUUGUUGAUAAUAUUAUCGGUUGUAUUCAUAACUGAAAAAACAAAUGGUUAUGUUUCAAAUAUGAAUUAUAUACCAAUGGGUACAAAUCCUACUUUAUAUCAACCAGGUUAUGAUCCAGUUAUGCAACUUGAUGCUGCUACUUUUCAUGAUACUGUAUUCAUGCAAAAUCAUGCGUUUGUGGUUGAAUUCUACGCUGAUUGGUGUGGACAUUGUCGUGCCUUUGCUCCGUUUUAUUUGGAGUUUGCAUCUUCCAUACGUUCAUGGAAAGACGUUGUAACGGUGGCUGCAAUUAACUGCGCUGAUGUUGUCAACCAGAAGAUUUGUAGCGAUGAGGGAAUCAUCGGUUAUCCAAUGAUUUUGUAUUAUCCUCGAUAUGCCCGAAGCCGUAUCGAUGCAAUUAAGCUGGAGCCAAAACAUUCUUUAUCGCACAUUAAAAGUCAACUCUUGCAAGCUAUACGAAAUGAAUAUAAUCAGUUUCAUUAUGCAGAUUGGCCAGAUUUCACCUUUUUGACACCUGACAGUGCAAUGGCGCUGAGAAAUUUUUGGAAUCAAAUGAGUGAUUCUCAUCAAUUUCUUGUUUUGCUUUUCGAGCAGUUUGAUAGUGUUGGCGUAGAAUUCUUAAUGGAUAUGUUUCCACUCCAAAGGACGGUACUUACUAGAAGAAUUAUUGUUUCUUCACCCGUUAUUCGAUCAUUCACUAUCUCACAUUUACCAUAUAUUCUGGUUUUUAAGCGUAAUCAGGACAAUCCUAUUUAUCAAAGUCCAUAUGGUUCGCAUUCGUUGCAAGAAGUAAUGAGGAUAACAUAUGCGACACAAAUUCCGCCUACAUUUCUUACCGCUCCGGCACCAUCAUUACCUAUUAGGCAUCAAGUUAUCGUACAAUGCGAUGUAGAUUACAAUAGAUGUCGUGAAUUGUACUACGUAUCAGAGGUGGAUAUGUUGAAAGCGAUGCGUAUGGCCAUAUUUGAUGAAGUAAUUAAAACAGAUAACAACAUUACUGGUGCGAACUUCACAGCAUUGCUGGACUUUAUCAGUGUUCUUGCUGAACAUUUUCCUAAUGCAACAUCAUUGCAAACAACAGAACGGAAAUCAUUCGCGCCAUUAAGUCAAAGUACACGAGCCAAAUCAGUCUUCUUGCAUCUUCGACAUUUUCUCGAAGCAAAUCGAGGAAAGGGUACAAUUUUAACAACUGUAUGGCGAAAUCAAUUCCUAAAUAUUGAAAGACUAUAUGGAUAUCCAUUCCCAACGAAUGCUUCAUGGGAACAUUGCAAAGGAACAACGCUCGGAUAUCGUGGUUAUACAUGUGGCUUAUGGACAACAUUUCAUGCAAUCACCGUUAAUGCACUUAUGCAAAGAUUGCAAUCACCCAUUAGCCUGUUGUUCACUAUCCGCGGUUGGAUAGUCAAUUUCUUUGGCUGCCUUGAUUGUCGACAACAUUUUUUACACAUGACAACCACUGUCUAUCCGUUGACUAUACGCCGGGUGCAAAAUACCUACGACAUGGUAUUCUACCUGUGGCGUGCUCACAACAUUGUUAAUGACCGAUUGCACGGAGAUAAAACAACGGAAGACCCACAAUUUGAGAAGCGACAAUUCCCACCAAUGUUCCUUUGCUCCGCAUGCCAUUCAAAUGGAAAGUUCAGCAGGAAAAAUGUCCGAAACUUCUUGAUCAACUUCUACACAGCAAUCAGGCCAUACAAUGAAACAAAUCUUGUGUUGAAUAGUCCAAAGCCAUCCUAG